AAGCCGCAUCAACAAGAUGGGGGCCGCGGCCGCGGCGGCGCUGAGCUGCUGGACGGUGCUGCGAGCCGUUUCCCGGUGCCUGUCGGUGGAGGACCUCUUCAGCGUCGCGCGCUUUGACGCGCUGUGGGAAGAGGCCACCCUACCGCUGCUCCGCAAGCGGCUCCGCUUCUUCGUGCUGUUCCAGGAGCAGUUCGGAAGCCGUUUACUGAGCCAGGCGUUUGCAGAGGAACUGGAAUUUCGCCUGCAUCUUGCUCAGAAGGCCAAUAGGAACCCAGUUUUGGGGAUUAUCCUCUGCUCGCACAAGCAGUAUGAUGCAGACACCAUCGCGUCCCGGUUUCCCGACCAGGCCACCGUGGUGCAGGUGCACGUCGAGGAGCCCGUGUGCUUCACGCUCCGCGGGGACGCACGGCGGCGCUCGGCCUGCCUCUGCCUGCUGGUGCUGUUCCCGUGGCCCGGUACCGCAGUCGAGUGCGAGCGAGCACCGUGUGCAGCCUGCCAGAAGGCCGCGGCCCCUACCACUUCCAUCGUCGGCGUCAAACGCAAGCACGAAUACCGCUGCGCUAACAGGGUAACAAUCCGUCACAGGGGCACGGGAUACCCGGCCCACCUCGCCCUCUACGCCAGCAGCGCCUUCAACAAGACGACGUUCCGUAGCCCGCCCAUACUGAAUCACGUGGCCAGCUGCAUGCUUUGGACCAAUAGUCUCAGAGUGCUGAGGCCCAUCACGAGCGGGCCGACGGUUCGCCCUAUCUUGUGGGGUUUCACACUGUUCGGUGACGUCAUCCGGGCCACCAGUCUCAAGUACCCGGCAUCGACUACGACGCAUCAGAUGGCCACACAUCUCGAGAGUGCGAGAAAUGAGUUUGGCGACAUCGAAGAUGCCCUCGUGUUGUUCUUUCAAGAAGACAAGAUGGAGCUGUCCGUGUCGGAAGUCGUGCGGACAGUAUUUCGAGGUGCUGCUGUCAUUUUGGGUACGGCCAGUUCUUUGGCUCUGGACGUCGGUCCCUUCUACCGUAGUACCGAACCGGGAGAAAAUGUCGGACCUUCUAGCCACAUCGAGACACCCGUCAUUGUCACCUUACUUAGUAUUCGCUAAACCACAGCGCGAGAAAACCUGUUGGCGUAGAGGCGAGAGUUAAAUAUUCACGCUAUAUAGCGAACUCACGUGGACAUUCAGGGCUGUGCGCGUUUUAGUAGCACGCUUGAAAACUCGAAAAUUGACGCCUGGAUACAGCUAUGCUGUCUCCAGUAUCAACAUUGCAUCAACAUUGUGGGAUACGAUUGAACAAAGUGUGUAAAGGCACGCUUGUAUCUACUAAGAAACAUAUUUUGCAAAAAAUAUGAGAUAUACAAAAGAGAUCGCCGUUUAAUAGGCACUAUCUAGAAAAAAGCGAAUUUUUGUUGAACAUGUAUUCCGCUACAAAAAUUUAACUGCAAGCGCUACAGUUGGGGGUGCCGCGCUGCGGCAGCCAAUGUUCCGGGCUGCUUAGCGUCGUCGUCAUUCUCCGACAAAAAGGCACUAUCCUCAGACCAGCUGCUACUCGAUCCAUCGAUAAAGUGAGCCGCGGACGCAGCUGUAUCACGAGAUCUGCUACCUCUCGAAGGGCGAGCGCCACUUCCGCAGGCAGCCAUUUUUGCUUUCUACUUUGACGAUGGCGUAACUUCAAAGCGCAUUCAGAAAUUACCGCCUCUUGGAAAAAUAUCGAACUACACAGAAAAUGAUAAUAUAGUUCUCCUUAGCGUACGAUAGGGCAGUGUGUCUGUGAGCCGCUCGGAAGGUCUCGAAAGCGGCAUUUCAAGCCAUCGUUAGCGGGAUAACGAUGCACAAUGGGCGCGGUAGAGAGAGUUAGUUUAUCAUUUCGAAAGGUGUGUGCUGAAACGUGUAUUGCUCGAAACGUACACGAUUUCGUUUUCGAUGCAUUGCCUUUCGAAAAACGUACUCCUGUGUACGGAUGAAAAAAAAAUUGUGUAAUUAUAUGAUAAGUGGUAAUGCAGAGGGGUAAUGCACUAUGGUACAUAAUAACUUUGACAGUAAACAAGCUUUUUUUCCGUUACGCCACCGCCGUGUGCACUUGAAACAAGAAUUUUGAGUGCGACUGCAAAAUACUAGUUUUUAUAAGGCUCUCACCGAGAACGAAAAAACCAAUUUCCUUUGGAACAACGGAAUUUUAGUGUAAUAAACUGUCUCCUGUAACCUGUGAAAGAUGGCCGCUUACGAAGUGUCGGAACUGUACCUCCGUCGUUGUAAAAGAGGAUACUUUGGUGAUUGCUC